AUGUUCAAGCUAAUCAUCUUCGCGUGUUUCUUGGCCGUGGCCGCCGCUAAACCUGGUGUUCUACCAGUUGCCUACACCGCUCCCGUGGCGGCGUACACUGCACCUGUUGCCGCAGCGUAUACCGCGCCGGUGGCCGCAGCUUACACUGCGCCCCUCGCCUAUUCCACGUACUCUGCGUACACCGCGCCUGUAGCUGCUUACUCCGCAUACCCCUACGCAGCCCCGUACUCCGCCUACUAUUUGCGUCGU